UUCGUCGACGGGUGGUGCAGCCGGACCGGACGGGGGUGGUUCCGCCGGAGGAAGUGGCAGCAUCACGGAGCGCAAGGGCCCACACUGCAUGAUGCGGCUCGUUGGGAUCCUGUGCGAAGACUCCAUCCGCCCACUUGUCAUCAACAGCCGCUUGCAGGCGACCCGGCAGGAGCUGGACACCUCAGCAGUUGGGCCGCGGAAACACUCGUGGACAGAGGUCACCGACCGCUUCCGAGACCCUCGCCACCAUAUGAGAAAAAUCGUGGACGACGAACAAGUGAGUCAGUCACGUCAACCCGAACAUCAUCCAGCAACCUAACAUCUCGGCGGAAAAGAUCACCAAGAUGUGGUCUGCGGCAAAGGCGAAAUGGAACACGCCUAAUGCCAACUGGAAGAGUGAAUCCGGCAACACCAGCCAUGGCUUUCAUUUUGCCAAGGGGACACGGACACGUACAUUCUCGGUUGCGCAAUCGAGAAAUACCCCGAGCUUGACCAAGUGUGCAA